CAACAGCUUUAUCCCAUUUUCUUCCUCGUAAAAUUUCAAUUUUUCAAAUUUCGAGUUUCCAUACAUAUACAUCAACAGUGUGAGGAGCUCCCGGCAAUGCCUGCUACUGAAAUCGACUCCGAUCUCAGAAGAUCAUCGGUUAAUCCAUCUACUCUAGGCAUGAGUGAAUGUGCAUUUGCUGAUAUCAACAACUUGGAGCAUUGCACCAAGUAUUUGAACCAAACCCUUGUCACCUUUGGCUUCCCUGCUUCGCUCGAUCUCUUUUCUAAUGAUCCUGUUUCGGUGGCAAGGACUUGCAACUGCAUGUAUGCAUUGUUGCAGCAGAGACAGAGGGACUUUGAGUUUAGGGAGUCGGCAAAUGAGCAGAGGCAGCGACUUUUAUCAGACAUUUCAAGACUGGAAGCGAAGGUUGAGAGGCUGGAAGCACAGUUAUCUACUAAAGAUAGAGAUAUAGCGACGAUGACUAGAACGGAAGCUAAAGCUACAGCAGCUUUUAAGGCCCAAAUAGAUAAGUUGCAGCAGGAGCGAGAUGAAUUUCAAAAAAUGGUUUUGGGUAAUCAGCAAGUGAGAACUCAGCAGAUACAUGAGAUGAAGAAGAAAGAAAAGGAGUAUAUGAAGCUCCAAGAACGUCUUAAUCAAGUAUUAAUGGAGAAAAAGAAGGAAUCAAGAUCGGGCAUUGAAAUUAUGAAUUUAUUACAGAAAGAAGGCCGGCAGCGGGGAACAUGGAACGGGAAGAAGGCUGAUAAUGACUUCUACAAAAAGAUUGUGGAUGCUUAUGAAGCAAAAAAUCAAGAACUUGUGGCAGAAAAUGCUGAUUUGAGGGCAUUACUACGUUCAAUGCAGGUUGAUAUGCGCGAGUUCUUAAAUGCUCCAAAUGGAAAACAAUCUUGUCCUAUCAAUGAGAGGUCAGAUGCAGAUCCAUCACAGUCUCCAUUGGGUGGGAGGACGGAUAUGUUUGACCUGCCUCUCCACAUGGCUAGAGAUCAAAUUGAAGAAAGUCUCAGAACAAAGAUGGCUUCUAUAAAGGAGCGAAUGGUUCAGCUCCAAGAUGCACAAAAAGGUGCAGAAGUCACAACUGAGGUGACGGAGAGAGAACUUGAGCUGGAAGCUCAGCUUGUUGAGGCAAGGAGCAUAAUUCAAGAACAGGCAUCUAUGAUGUCCAAACAUCUUGCAAAGUCUGAGAGGCCAAGGAGACUGAGUGGGCAUUUGAGUUCUGACAGAGACUCAAUAUUAUCACCACCUGAGGGGCUGUAAAUCACCAAACCAGCAUAGCUAACCAUGGUCUUGUUUGCUGUGGCACGCUUACUGCAUUAAAAAGGCUCUGUACUGUUGACAUCUAUUUAUACUAUAGCAUUGGAGUCUUUAAAAGAUGGUAAACUCUCUCUCUGAUGCGGCAUCUUCAUUUGGUUAGUAGCUCGCUCCCUUUUGUGUCUAUGCUGUGUGUAUGUAGUGCUAUAUCUUGCCAUAUGGAUGAACUUAUAGACAAAGUCUGAUGUGUUGGUUUCUUUCUGCUUCCUUUUCUAGGAUAUGUUGUAUUCAAACACAAUAUACUAUGAUUCCUGGAAUAUAUAUAUUUCCACAAGGUAUUAUACAGUUUAUUGACCCUGCUA